AUACCACCGGAUUUAAAUGCUUUAUUUUAAUUUGAUUCCUCAGUAUCUUUGCGGAUCUUAUGUUACGUUCAGUCUCGAUCAAAGUGACCCUAUUUCGUUUUUUUGUUAUUAUGAGUGAUUACGGUCUCAUGUUAUUUUGUUGUAGCAUUUUCCUUUAAGAUAAAUUGAGCUUUCCUGAAGUACAUGGAGUCAAUGUCACACGAACUGAGAAGAAAUACGAACAAUUUGGAUCUCCUCGCAGAAAAAUACCUACUCAAUAAGAAUCCCUCAGAAUCGCCUAUUUUCGUAGAUACAUACCACAUUGAAAGCCCAGGGGAUGUCUCUUGAAUUCAUAGCAGGAUGUGUAGGAGGUUGCGCUGGCUUGGUGGUUGGCCACCCUCUAGACACUCUAAAAGUGCAUCUGCAAAACGACAAUGCCAAAAAUCCCAAGUACAGGGGAUCUUUGCACUUGGUUCGAACACUGGUGGUCAAAGAAGGCCUCAAAGGGAUAUAUAAAGGAAUCUCGAGCCCCUUGCUGGGAGUUGCGGCCAUCAACGCUAUCGUUUUUGGGGUCCAGGGUGGAACACGCAAGAAAUUCAAAGACCAGGACUCUUUAUUCUCGCAUUUCGUCGCUGGAGGCGCAGCAGGAUUCCUCCAGAGCUUCGUCUGUAGCCCCAUGGAGCUGGCGAAAACGAGGCUGCAAGUGUCUGAACCCAACCUCAGCCUCACCAAAUGCAUCAAAGGCAUUUACGAGGCUGACGGUAUAAGGGGGUUGUACAGAGGCCUCAAUAUGACCAUAGCCAGGGAAGUACCGUCCUUCGCAGCCUAUUUCGUCACCUACGAGUACCUCACGAGAUCCCACAAGACGAACGUCAGCACUGCCAUGAUGAUAUUCGCGGGUGGUACAGCCGGCAUGGCUGCCUGGAUAGUGACCUAUCCAGUGGAUGUCAUCAAGACCAGGAUCCAACUGGACGGUUUUAACUCGACGCCCAAAUAUCUGAACGCCCUCGAUUGCCUCAAGAAGAGCGUUUCUUCAGAAGGGUACGGCGUUCUGACCCGUGGACUCUCUCCCACCCUCAUCAGGGCUUUCCCAACUAACGCUGCUAUCUUCACGGUUGUAACCUGGACCAUGAGGUUCUUCGAUUCUAUAACGUUACCGCAAGGCGUCAAGAAGAGCCAAUAUUUCGUGGAUAAUAUGAUGUUGAACUCGAUGCAAAAACCAGAGAUUAUUUGACUAUUUAUACUAGUCUGUUUAGGUCUUAAUAUAGUUGAUUAUUUAUUUAUCGUAAGUCGACAGUUUUCAAUAAACCAAUUUGAAAUCAAA